CGAGGGAGGUAGAAUAUUCAAAUCAUGUAAUAAUAAUAAUAAUAACAAUAAUCUGAUUUUGAUCUGCCACCUCCUCUUUCUUCUUCUUCCUUCAAUUUCAACCUUCGCUCGUUGUAGAUAACUGUUCACCAAAAGAAGAAAAAAAUAGUUACAACAUUAUUAGCACCAAAAUUUGAAAACGAUGAAGAUGCAAAUGCGCGUGCCAGGGUUCUUGUUGUUCUUGCUAACCAUCGGAAUCUUCGAAGUCGAUGCCGUUUAUGGUUACGUUCGACCACCACCUCGUAAAACACUUUUUGUUCCACAUGCAAAUCAGGAUUCCCACUCGCCUCAACAGGUACACAUAUCUCAAGUGGGCCAAAACAAGAUGAGGAUAUCAUGGAUCACAGAUAGCCCAACUCCUGCAAAGGUUUCGUAUGGUCCAUCUCCUUCGGUUAAUGCAUCCUCUGCCAUAGGAACUACCUCCUCGUACCGUUAUCUGGUCUACGAGUCUGGUGAAAUUCACAACGUGGUAAUUGGUCCCCUCAACCCCAACACUGUCUACUAUUACCGUUUGGGUGACCCACCCUCUUCCCAAACAUACAACUUUAAGACUCCACCAUCCCAACUUCCUAUCAAAUUUGCAGUAGUUGGAGAUCUUGGACAAACGGAUUGGACCAGAUCAACCUUGGAGCAUGUGAAUAAGUCAAACUAUGACAUGUUGUUACUGCCUGGUGAUCUAUCCUACGCAGACUUCAUCCAAGAUCUAUGGGACUCCUUUGGUCGAUUGGUUGAACCAUUAGCUAGCCAACGUCCUUGGAUGGUAACCCAAGGCAACCACGAGGUUGAGAUGAUUCCACUGAUUCACACAACACCAUUCACGGCAUACAAUGCUAGGUGGCUCAUGCCAUUCCAAGAAAGUGGAUCAAACUCAAAUCUCUACUAUUCUUUCGAUGUGGCUGGCGUUCAUGUCAUCAUGCUUGGCUCUUACACUGACUUUGACUCUUCUUCUCCACAAUACAAAUGGCUUCAAAAUGACUUGCAGAAGGUAAAUAGAAGAAUAACUCCUUGGGUUGUAGUAUUGAUUCAUGCCCCGUGGUACAACUCCAACACCGCUCAUCAAGGUGAGCCUGAAUCCGUAAACAUGAAGGCUUCCAUGGAAGAUUUGCUCUAUCAAGCCCGCGUUGAUGUUGUUUUUGAAGGACAUGUGCAUGCCUAUGAGCGCUUUACACGGGUUUAUAAAGACAAAGCUAACAAUUGUGCUCCGAUGUACAUCACAAUCGGAGAUGGGGGAAACCGUGAAGGCCUUGCUACUAAGUACAUAAAUCCCAAGCCAACAAUAUCAAUAUUCAGGGAGGCUAGCUUUGGACACGGUACUUUGGAGGUAUUUAAUGUAUCUCAUGCACGCUGGACCUGGCAUAAGAAUGAUAACGAUGAAGCAGUUAUUAGUGAUUUUGUGUGGCUUACAAGUUUUUCCUCUAAUCCUUCUUGUAAAUAGUGAUACUUGGCAAAAAUUAUGAUCCUAAUGGUGUUUUAUUUAAAGUCAAUAUGUCUUAUUUAUAUUAUUUUCCUACUUGUUCGGUUGUUGAGGAAAGAAAUGGGAAUUUGUGAAAGUUUUCAAAAAUUUAGUAUGAGUUCCACACUUUCAUACGUUAAUUUAAUUUAAAUAUUUCUUUGUAAUUCUA